CUGAGGAGUAAUGUGUCCGUGUACUCUCCACUGCUCCUUUCUUCUUUUCUACUGCUCUGUUCUUCCUAACCCCCCCUCCUUCCCUCCUUCCCCAUCCAGCCGCUGGCUGAGUUCCCUCCGUUCCUCUUGUCUCUCAGUGCCAAGCCCAGAGCCCUUCAGUGGACUGAGCAGUUUGAUUCAUGCGAGUGCUGAUUCACGCCCUGCGAUCUGGGGCGUGAGGGCGGGCAGCACAGGAUUUCCUCUCUCUCUACAUCCAUAAUUCAGCGUUCGCACCUUCCUCUUCUCCUCUUUGCCUUCUUCUUCUUCUUACUGCUGCUGCUGCCGUACGCCGCCGUUGCUUUUGAUGUUGUAUUAGGUUACACUCCAGUUCCAUCACAGACUACCUGAGGUAUCAUUCACUGAGACGGAGCUCCGCUGUCUCCACUCAAAGUACACAGAGGAUAAGUGGUGACCAUUGGGAGACCAAGGACAUUGAUCUAUGUGAGGAGGGUCCACAGUGCCAAACAACAAUGAAACCCAGAAUGGUCACCAUAAUCAACUCCAGUUUCUGGUAAAACUUCAAAAGUCAUUGUCCGUCCGUUUUCUACUCUAGACCCUGGCUAUUCCAUGAUGUAAAUGAAGCUUGCCUUGAUUCUCAUCAAUUGACGUUCAGACCAUGAACCUUAGAGACUCUAUCGUUGCACGGACCAGGCCUUCCCCAGUUUGGAUUUAGCGCCACCCUCAUCUGUCCAUCGAACCGCCAGCCACGUGAGGCUGCAGCGGUGGCCAGUGGUGGUGGCGGUGGUGGUUGGACCUUCACACAAAGCGCAAAGCACGCUGGGAUAUUUUUCCAAAAGCACACUGAGGCACCACCAUGAGGAUAUCCACCACCUCCUGUCUUUGUUACAUACUGGUCUGCCUUUGCUUCAUCCAGAGGUGCUAUGGGGCUAGCCAUCAUAACCCAGCAGACAAAGUGACCAUCGCCAAGAACCAGACCAAACUGGCCAAUGGUGAGACAGAAGUGCACCACAGGCCUAAACGUGGCUGGAUCUGGAACCAAUUCUUUGUUUUAGAAGAACACAUAGGACCGGACACUCAAUACGUGGGAAAGCUUCAUUCCAACUCAGACAAAGGGGAUGGCUCUGUAAGGUACAUUCUGAGUGGGGAAGGCGCUGGGAGUAUAUUCAUCAUCAACGAGGUGACAGGAGAUAUUCAUGCAACAGAAAGCCUGGACCGGGAGAGGAAAGCACACUACGUCCUCCACGCACAAGCCUUCGACCGCAACACUGAAAAGCCCCUGGAACCAAAGUCAGAAUUCAUCAUCAAAGUCCAGGACAUCAAUGAUAACGCCCCAACAUUUCCAGAUGGUCCUUUUGUAGCUGCUGUGCCUGAGAUGUCUGGAGUGGGUACUUCGGUAUAUCAAGUUACUGCAACGGACGCUGAUGACCCCACAUAUGGAAAUAGUGCCCGAGUUGUCUACAGUAUUCUCCAAGGACAACCAUAUUUCUCUGUUGAUCCCAAAACUGGAGUCAUCAGGACUGCCUUAGCCAACAUGGACCGGGAGGCGAGAGAACACUAUGCUGUAGUCAUUCAAGCCAAAGACAUGGCAGGAUCAGUUGGAGGACUUUCUGGAUCCACCACCAUUAACAUCACCCUCACCGAUGUCAACGACAACCCUCCCAAGUUCCCGCAAAAAAAUUACCAGCUUUACGUCCCUGAGUCGGCCCAGGUUGGCAAGCCAGUGGGGAAGAUAAAAGCCAAUGACGAGGACCUUGGAGUCAAUGCAGAGAUCAAGUACAGCAUCAUCAACUCAGAAGGAGCAGCCAUGUUCUCCAUCAACACUGACAGGGACACCAGGGAGGGAAUCAUCAGCCUCAAGAAGCCACUGAACUACGAGAAGAAGAAGACAUACACCCUUCAAAUUGAGGGAGUGAAUAGCCACUUGGAGCCUCUUUUUUCCUACCUUGGUCCUUUCAAAGAUACUGCCACCCUAAAGAUCACUGUGGGAGAUGUGGACGAACCGCCUGUAUUCUCUAUGGACUAUUACAUCAUGGAUGUUUAUGAAAAUGCUCGGAUUGGUAGAGAGGUGGGGGCUGUAACUGCCAGGGAUCCAGACAGCAAAAACAGUCAUGUCAGGUAUUUCAUCGACCACAGUGAGCACAGCGAUAAGUAUUUCAACAUCGACAUGGACAGCGGAGUUAUAAAGACUACCCAGAGUCUGGACCGGGAGGACAAGCCAUGGCAUAACAUCACUGUGAUAGCUUCAGAAGUUGACAACCCUAGCCUCCUCAGCCACGUCCCCGUCACUGUGCAGGUGUUGGAUGUGAACGACAACCCUCCUGAAAUUAACAAGGACAAGGAGGUCAUUGUGUGUGAGAACUCAAGGCCAGGACAGGUGAUUCAGACUAUGACUGCAGUGGAUAAAGAUGACUUUGCAAACGGACAGCGAUUCUCCUUCUCGUUGCCGAGCGGAAUCCCUGUCAACCCCAACUUCACCCUCAAGGACAACGAAGACAACACAGCGAGCAUCAUCACACGGCGGAGGCAGUUCAGUCGGCUCGUCCAGGAGCUAUAUGAGCUCCCCAUAGUGGUGUGGGAUGGUGGGGAGCCAGCGCUGAGUGGCACUAGCACACUGACCCUGCGGGUGUGCCCGUGCCAGCGCAAAGGGAGGGUGCAGACGUGCCAGGAUGAGAGGGGCCUCCUCUCCUCGGCAGGCCUCAGCACGGGGGCCCUGAUCGCCAUCCUGCUGUGCAUCGUCAUCCUGCUGGCGAUCGUGGUUCUGUUCAUCACCCUGCGGCGGAGCAAGAAGGAGCCCCUCAUCAUCUCUGAGGAGGAUGUCCGCGAGAAUGUGGUAACAUACGACGAUGAGGGGGGAGGCGAGGAGGACACUGAGGCCUUCGACAUCAUCACCCUACGGAACCCCGCCGCCGCUGAGGAGCUCAAGUUCAGACGGGACAUCCGGCCGGAGGCGGCCCAACAACGCGGGAAAAACCGAGGCCGCCACAGUCCCCCGGAGCUGAACCAGGUGGAUGUGCAGGAGUUUAUUAAACAAAGACUGGUGGAGUCGGACAUGGACACUAGCGGGCCUCCAUAUGACUCCCUCCAGACCUACGCAUAUGAGGGUCAAAUGUCUCCGACAGGUUCCAUCAGCUCUCUGGACUCCCCGGGAACACACUCAGAACAAGAUUAUAACUACCUGGACGACUGGGGGCCUGAGUUUCAGAAACUGGCAGAACUCUACGGGGAGGAUACGAAUGUAGCAGAGUCAGAUGUGGCAGUUGCGGUGACAGUGGCGACCUAGCCUGUCAACGUCGGUCACACCGUCUGUAAAACCAAAACUUUUCUCUCUCUGUCCUCCUCCUCGACUUGUUUUAAAACGAUUAAAUAUAAAUGCUUUUGAACUCGUUCCAGCUGAUCUACUUUUACUGUUGAAUUACAGACUGCCCCUUUUUUCAGUUUUCCAUUUGGAACAUGGGUCUAAUAUGCGGAUGGAUUGAUUUUGGGGUAGAACAAUAUUAAGGAUAACGGAAAAAGGAAAAUAUUUUUCCUGAUGUAUAUUUUUUAUUGCUCAAUAAAGUCCUUAAUUCCAUAUGAGUGGAUAUAUGUGAAA